ACUCGACAAGACGGCAACUUCACUCAGUCGGCUUCCGAACGCGAACAGAGCAGGCCCAUAACUUUCCUGCUGGUGCAUGCGUCCUACCACACACAUGUUCACGGUUUUGUCGAUUUCGUAAAUCUGAAGAACCAGUGCCUUCGCGGUCGAGUGCCGAUGUGAGAACCCGAAAGUACCGCUUUUCCAAUGGGAUACUGAUAGGUGGUACGAGGUUUCCGUGGUACAAAAAACAAUCCAUAAUGUUGCAACAAAUCCUUCGGGACAUGUACGUCGACCCCGACAUCCUCGCCGAGCUUGACGAGCAACAGAAGCAAACCCUCUUCUGCAAAAUGCGUGAAGAACAAGUCAGAAGAUGGAAGGUCUGGAACGACAAGCUCGGCGACGAACCGCACAUGAACCGGCCCUCCAGCAAGAAGAAAAAGGUGUCGUUCCUCAAGGGCGAAGACGGGGAGCCGUGGGUGUGGGUCAUGGGCGAGCACAAAGACGACAAAAGCAUCGAGGAGAUCCUCAAGGAGGAAGCCAUAGAUAAGGCUCGGAAGAUGGCGGAGAAGGAAGCCGAAGAACUGAGGAAGCAGGUCGAAGCCGAGCUGUACAUCGAACUCACGCCAAAAAUCGAAGAAAUUGAAGCCACCCCCAAGCUGCAGAUCGACGACGACAUGGACAUCUACUGCUCGGUGGACGAGCUUCGGGAGAAGAUCAACAACAAACCGAAGACUUUUAAUUAUAGUGUGAACCAAUACCAGAAUAAGAAUAGGUAUAAUGUGAUCGAUACCAGGGAUGUUCUGCAGGAGAUCUCGCUGAACACGCAGAAGGUGGCGCAGAGGGUGGCGCUGUGGGAGAGACUGACGGAGGAGAGGACGUGCCAGAUCUUACAGAAGAUGCAGAGGAGGCAGCAGGAGGUGGCUAAAGAAGCGGAGGAGGCGGAGAGGAAGCAGGAGCAGCUUUGGAUGGAACAGGAGCGCAAAGCGAAGCAAGCCGAACAACAGAUCCGCGAAAUCGCACGUCGCGCGAGGGAGGAACACAGACUGACAUCGAAUUUCGAGAUUGAUACUUCUUAUAGCACGGUCAACAACACAGGGGUACCCCCAGGGAAGAAUGCGGUCAUCGAAUGGUACAGAAACACAGAGAGACCGAAAUGGACGGGUUUGGAUUCAUCGAAUAACGUGGAGUCGUGGUUUCAUGGUCUGAUCACCCGGCCUGAAGCAGAGAAGUUGCUGCUGGAUAGGCCAUAUGGGAGCUUUUUGGUCAGGUUGUCGGAGAGAAUUUGGGGUUAUGCCAUUUCGUAUAGGGCACAAGAGAAGUGCAAACAUUAUCUGGUCAGUGCCACUGCCACGAACAAAUAUCAGUUCUUGGGGAACAACCAAAUCGAACACAAUUCCCUACGUGAUCUCAUUGACUACCACAGACAUCAUCCAUUGACCGGCGGCGAAAAGUUAAUCGACGCCUGCCCAAGGAGCCCCGACUCAACGCUUAAUGAACUGUUCGACCAAUGAAGUCUACGUCUCAAAGAAAACUCUGUGAUCGUUUGGCAUUUUAUAGUGUUACAUAACCCGUUUUUAUCGUUGAUUUGUACUGUACCAUUACACUGGAACGAUUCUAUUUCAGUAUUAUGUCCGCACUUAAUUUCGCUUUUAUCAUUUUGAUCGAUAUGUUAAAUGUGCCUUGUGUGUUUGUAGGUUAAUUUUUAAUACCUAUUUAUGUUAGGGUAUGUGUAUCUUAUAACCAGCCCCAAGUUUUAUUUGAUAGUGGGGAUGCUGUAUGAAUAUACUUUUUGCUUAA